CGCAGUCUCUGGUCAUCCCCUGCACUGUCUGCAGUCUCUGGUCAUCUGUACUUUGUCCCUGUCUCUGGUCAUCUGUACUAUGUCCGCAGUCUCUGGUCAUCUAUACUAUGUCCACAGUCUCUGGUCAUUCCCUGUACUGUGUCUGCAGUCUCUGGUAAUCUCUUGUACUGUGUCCGCAGUCUCUGGUCAUCUCCUGUACUGUGUCCACAGUCUCUGGUCAUCUCCUGUACUGUGUCCACAGUCUCUGGUCAUCUCCUGUACUGUGUCCGCAGUCUCUGGUCAUCUCCUGUACUGUGUCCGCAAUCUCUGGUAAUUUCCUGUACUGUGUCCGCAGUCUCUG